CGGAUAGUGCAUUAAAAAUGGUGGUGAAAGACAAAGAAGAAGUUUCCGAGCAGAUAGAAUGGAAUGUUGAAACAGAAGUGCAGUUAUUUUAUGCCAUGAUUGGCCACAAACCAGUUGGUGUUAACAAGCACUUCCAGAUGGCUUGUAUCCUUGAGAAGUUCAGAAAUGCACUGAAUAAAGACGUUUCAUCAAAAGUUAUAUGGGAUCAUUUGGACACAAUGUAUGACAUGCAGGCCUUGGAUGACACCGAGAACCUGCCCUUUCCUAAUGAUGAUAAGGACUUUUGUCUUCCUGAAACAGAGUUUGGUGAUUUGAUGGAAGAAAAAGUAAACUCGGGCUCUAGUAUGGAACAAUCAUCCACGGAUAAUGAGGUCAAGAAAGAGCCAAAAGCUGUGAAAGACGUGAUUAAAAAGGAAGUGAAUAACAAAGAGGUAAAGGAACCUGUUGUGAAAAAAGAAGGAAAAGAAAUUAAAGACACAUUCAAGGAAAUAAAGAGGGAGUCCAAGGAACAUACAAAGGAGCCCAAGAAAAUCAGCAAAGACAAAGACUUUAGAAGAGAAAGUAAAGACAGUAAAGAUGGAAAAAAGGAAAACAAGAAGGAAGUUAGGGAAACACCGAAAGAAAUUAAGGUAGAAUCUUUGGAGAGUAAAGAUGUCAGGUCACAUAAGGUACACCGAACAAGCACAAAAGAAAGAAGGGAGAGUAAGAAAGAUGAUACAGACAAGGAUGAUACUGCAGCCACGUCUUCCAUAAAGAAAGAACGCUCAAAGGACUCGCACGAACAUAGACAGGAAGAUACCCCAAAACGUAUUGCUAGUGGUGUUGGGAACAGUAGCAGUAGUGGGGGUGGUGGAGCAAACAGUGGGAGUGGCACUGGUGGAGGUGGUAGUGGUGGCAGUAGUAGCAGCAGCAGCAAGCGUUCAACAAGGGGUGCUCUGAAGCCAGAUGAUGUAAGUUCCAGCAAGUCAUCGAGUCCGAUCAGCGCACCUACUCCUCCCCCAUACAAAAGGAGAAGAACAUGACAGUUACGGCAGUUUUAGAUGCUUCCAAGUUUUGUUUUGUGAAGCACCUUAAGACUUCAGUAUUUGUAUUAGUAACGUCUUAAUCAGCUUUACAUCCAGAAGGAAUAAUUUCUCUUUCACAAAGAGAUAAUUGUACCAUUCUUUAAAGGAAGUAAUGUUUCUGUGUGCAUGCACGAGUUGAAAUUACAAAUGCAAGUAAUUCAUGUUGAGGAAAUUUAUGGUUAAAUGGGUCCAGGCAAUAAUAUUUAAAGUUAGAUAACAGGAAGAUGAAAUCAUAAAAUCCUAAGAAGAUCAAAUACCAAUGUGUAUAAAUGACCAUUUGUGGGAAAUAUGAAGAAGCUUACAGAAAAAGAUGAUGGCAACUUCUGAUUCAAGACAAACAUCCAUCACUCUCAACAAUGACUGUAAUCAUAACCUCUUCGUGUACUGGCAGAUAGGCUGUGUUUGAUGUAUAAGACAUAUUACCUUGCUGGUUGGUGUGUGUUUUAUGCAGGCUAUGAAGCUUGUUUAUUUGUUCUGUAGAAACAAUGUUGUUAUAUUUUGUUGUUCUUUGCUUGCAUGCUAUUAUGUAAGAAAACACAAAUUUUCCUGUGAUUUGGUUGGUUGAAAAUGUGGAUUGUGACUUCAGUAGGGUCUUCUGCUUUUAUAAUUAGUAGUCAUCAUGAAUCUAUUCUACAGCUAAAAAGUAUGUAUCUCAGUAAGAUCUGACUAUAGGAAAAGGGACAUCAUUGUGUUGUAUCAGUUAAAUUAUUCAAGUAUUUAUUUAACAUAUUGUCUGAUCAUAAAUGCAAUGAAAUAUUUUGUGUACAGAGCUGCCAAGGAAUAGAUGCAUUGUUGCAUGCACACCAUAUCCUAAUGCAGUAUUUGAGUAGCGAAAUUGUGUGCAGCAAUUAAUAAAAGCAUGUUGAGUUCAGCAUAAGCAAAAUCAUUGAUUGUGAAUGAGGUUUGUAUCAGUGUGAGAGUGACGUAGUUGCAUAAUUUUGACAUCAGUUCAAAUAGUUUAUGGUGCUUGAUAGAAUUAGAAAACAAAUCGUAACACACACUUUAGGUACAAUAGGUAUCUGUUGACAUGUCACACAAAACUGGAAUUGGCUCAGUUAAAUGUGCAAUGUUUCUUUAGUACAGAAUAAUCUAUAGAUUCGAAGUUAGUUACAAAUAUACAAAAUAUUGGCUAUAGUGGUGCAUUUUAAAAUUGACUCAGAAACUGGUAAUAAAUAUGUUCUUAAUAAUGUCGCCACAAGACAAAAAAAAAAAAAGAAAAAAGAUUCUGAAAUUUUCAGAACUAUAGAAGUUGAAUGUAGAGUAAUUCAAGAAAUUAAAAAAUUCUGUGGAGAAAUA